AAUAAGUUGCACUGAAAUUUACCUUUGAUGGUAGUUACAAUACGAUUAGAACUAAAGUCUACCAUUCUAUUUUUACGUAAUUUACAAAUAUUAUAAAACUCCGUUUUGAUGGACUCUUAUCAGAUUUGGAAUAUGAUUGUUACGUUUCUUUCAACUGAACUCAAUCGUAAAAAAAAAACCUGGAUUUAGACUGCAUGGGUCAAGUGACAUAAUUCCUAUUACAGUGGUGCCUUGAAGAUACGAGUGACCCGACUGACGAGUUAUUCGAGAUACAAGCCUUGGUCUGACCGUUUUUUUUACUUUGACUUGCAAGUGCAGACUUGGGAUACAAUCGCUUUAUGGUGGCAGUGAACUCAUCUCAACGUACAUUACAAUAAGAGGCAGUUUGGCAACAGUGAACAAUUUGUCAAAAAGAACCACUCGCACUUACAUUCACACCUACGGGCAAUUUCGAGUCUUCAAUUAACCUACCAUGUAUGUUUUGAGGAUGUGGGAGGAAACUGCAGUACCCAAAGAAAACUCACGCAGGCACGGGGAGAACAUGCAAACGACACACAGCCGAGGCCGCAUUUGAACCCGGGUCCCAUAACUGUGAGGCAGAUGUGCGAACCAGUCGACUGCCAUAUAGCAUACAAGUUUCAGCUUUUGAAAUAAAUUAUUGAAAUAAAUGGACUUUCCCUCGAUAUUCAAAUUUUUGGGAAAAUACCUGUAUACUGUACACCUGGAUCUACUCAAACAACACAAACGCAUUAAAAAGACACCACCUUUAAAAGACUGCAUCAAUUAUUGGUUAAGAAAAACACAGUAAUUACCGAUGGCGCCCAUUGGACUACAGUAAUACACAGGUUACCUUCAUUUAAGGUUAACUAAACAGUAUGUAACAUUAAGUAUUUCUUUGCUUACUGUCGGAAACCUCGCAAUACCAAAAACCACUACUUUUUCAGAAACAAAAAAAAAAGAUAUUUCUUGAGCUACCUAAUACAGCAUUUUUCAAGUUGAUAUUAUAGCUUAUUCCUCUCAACUCUUACGCACCAACAUCAACCCACCUCCCCAAACUUAUGUUGAAUCAUUAAUAUAAUUCUCUAAAAAUGGACGCCUGACGUCGCCAGCAAUGCCCAUACUCUGCCAUUGUGCCGAGGCCCCCAACAAGAAAAAGGGCUUUGUCAACCAAAGAAUAUGGCAAUGGUUACAUACAGAGGGUACGGGAAGUAUUCAGACCCCUUACAUUUUUCACUCUUUGUUAUAUUGCAGCCAUUUGCUAAAAUCAUUUAAGUUCGUAUUUUUCCUCAUUAAUGUACAUAUAGCACCCCAUAUUGAUAGAAAAAAAAAACUGAAUUGUUGAAAUUUUUGCAGAUGUAUCAAAAAAGAAAAACUGAAAUACCACACUUCCAUAAGUAUUCCGACCCUUUGCUCAGUAUUUAGUAGAAGCACCCUUUUGACCUAAUACAGCCACGAGUCUUUUUGGGAAUGAUGCAACAAGUUUGGGGAUCCUCUGCCAUUCCUCCUUGUAGAUCCUCUCCAGUUCUGUCAGGUUCGCUGGUGAACAUUGGUGGCCAGCUUUUUUCAGGUCUUUCCAGAGAUGCUCAAUUGAGUUUAAGUCAGGGCUCGGGCUGGGCCAUUCAAGAACAGUCACAGAAUUGUUCUGAAGUCUAAUCAAGACCAAUCAGUAUAAUCAAACACAGCUGGACUCCAAUGAAGGUGUAGAACCAUCUCAAGGAUGAUCAAAAGAAAUGGACAGCACCCAAGUAAAAUAUGAGUGUCACAGCGAAGGGCCUGAAUACUUAGGGCUGUGAUAUUUCAGUUUUUGUUUUUUAAUAAACCUGGGUGCUGUGUGUACUGUGCUGUGUGAGGAAAACAAUCGCCUUCACAGCGAUCUAUUGAAAGUAAUGACCGUGUCAAAUCGUAAUAUAUGAUCCGUUAUACGUUGUGGUAAAUUGUUUUAUAUAUUACUAAAUAUAUACACAUGUAACUUUAGAUAUUAGUUCCACGAACAAGUGCAUAUUUACAGUUUGUAUGUUCAAAUUGACCAGCCACUCGAUAAUAAAUCAUUGGGUUUAAAAUGUUUCGGUCAAUUUCAUAGCAAACAUCAGCUCACUAAAGUUUCAUAUUUCAAAAAUAUUUACAUGGCCUCAUUCAACUUCAGUUGGAAGAUUAUAUUUGUUUAAUGGCUAUAGUCUCUUACUCUACUGAAGAUAUAUGUGGCAUGUGCAAAUUUUAGACGUUUGAUCUGAUUACACUAAUCAUUAAUCAUCGCAGAGACACACUGCCAUCUUGUGGACAAGGUGCCCGCUAAUAGUUUGUUUUUUAACCAUUGUAGUUCAGUGCAAUCAUGACUUUGAAAGUGAUUUAUAGGUAGAGUGGUUGUAGUGUACGUUUAAAAAGUUGGAUUCAUUACUAUUCAUCGUAGUGGAAGAGUCAUUCUGGGUUUGAUUCUCUGCUUGGACCUUUCUGUGUGGAGUUUGUAUGUUCACGGUGCGCUUGUGUGGGUUCUCUCCAGGGACCUAACCUUCUCCCAAAGUCUACAAACGUGUGUGAGGCCAUAAGUGUGAAUGUGAAGAACUCAAUUUUGUGUUUGACUCGUGAUCGGUCCGUGGUGUACCCUGCAUCAAAGCCAGCUAGGUUAGACUCCAGCUCCCCGUAACUGUGAAUGGUUGUCCCAUUCAGUAGUAUUAAAAAAAGGAUACAUGGAUUAUUUUUUAUGUUCCAAAUUAUUGUUUUUAACUUGAACGUUAGUAAAGGUAUGUAAACACUUGAGGCAUUUUUUUUCCCUUCUAAUACAAACCUGCAUAUGGAUAUUUUCAAUAGUUAUAUUUUGGAGUUGGCAUAUAGAAUGCAGCAAUUUGUGAGAAAUGCAGGUUGGAACAUCUAAUGGUGUUUUGUUGUUGUUUUACACAACAGGAUGUACGACCAGCAUGGUGGAAGAUUGGUUAGCACGGCUGCCUCACAUUUCUGAGGUUUGGCAUUCGAAUCUCUGUGCCUUCUCGGUUACAGUUUGCAUGUUCUCGCUGUGCAUGCUUUUUCUCUGGUUAUUCCAAUUUCCUCCCAUAUUCCAAAAACAUGCAUUUGGUUCCUUAAAGACUCAAAAUUGUUCUUAGGGGUCAAUGUGAGCAUGAAUCGUUGUUUUUCUAUAUGAGUCCUGGCUGGCAAAUAGUCCAGUAUGUACUCCACCACUUACCCAAAGUCAACUGGGAUAGGCAAUUCUGAGGAAAAGCGGCAUAGUAAACGGAUAGAUGGAUGGAUGCAUGGACGGACCUACGACUGGACAAUGUGACAAUAAAAUUACCUUUAAGAUACUUUCUCAGUAGUUAAAUUCCCUUUAUUGGCAUACUGUGUUGUGAAGAGAUAUUCACAUUUAGAAAAGGCCAUUAGGCCACAUCAAAAGAUUAUCUGCAUGACAACACGGGGGUUGCAGUAGCUCAUCUGUAAGGAGUUGAGUUUUGGAACUGGAGGGUCACGGGUUGAGUCACGCUGCGGAUUGAUUUAAAAAAAAAAAAAAAAAAAAAGGCAACUAGUUGUUUGAGAGAUGCUAGUCUUCUUCCUGACUACUGUCAAUGUGCCCUUGAGCAAAGCACCUGCACCCAUAGCUCAAGAGAUGCACCACUGUUUAACCUUUUCCUUCUUUGCAUCUCUCUUUGUAUAGCUUAAUCUGUGUGAUUCUGUUCUCUGUGGUGUGCAACACAAUAUAUACAACAAGAGUUCACGUUUUAAAAAAUCCAUUGAGGUUAUAAUAAAAUAAAUAAUAACAAUAAUAAAAUAACUUUUAACAAGUUAUACAUGUCAGGUACUGUCACUUCAACGGUGACAGUACAUGUCAAUUGUAUGUUUUAAGACGUAUGCAAAAGUGACACCUUGAUUGUUUUAUAAAAUUAUAUUUCAUCUUAUGUGGUAUCUAUUUAGUCAAACUGAUUCAUUUCCAAUAAUGCUGCUUGUAGACAAAUCGAAAUAUCUUGUCAAAGUUGUUGUGUUGUUAUACAGAAAAUGUUGAAGUUAACUUUAAAAGUGCAUCUUUGUUGGGGUUAAAAGCUUCCUCGUUGCAGCUAGUUGACGUCUUUACGCGAGUAGGGAGAGCAACGGAAGGAUUUCCUGUGUCGGCCGCGGAAGAAUACAUACCAUCACUGGUGUCGUUGCCUAACCAUUUGAAUUCGACGAUUUCCUACGAGCGGCGGAGUGAUUUGAGAGAGUUGCUUCCCGUCCAAUUCAGUGAGAAGUCAAUGUGAAGCUUCAGCAAGGGGAAACAUGGCGACUUCGCAACGUGACGGGCACGCAAACCAGCUCGAUCUACUCAUCAGAGCCGUCGAGGCUUCUGUCCAUGGCAUCAAUGUGCACUGCUCUGACAAAACCAUCGAGGCUGCAGAGGCUCUGCUUCACAUGGACUCACCAUCCAGUGUCAGAGAAGCCUGCAGUCCAGACGUUUUUAUCCCGCCAUAUGUAGCAACACCAGAGUUCCUCCAUGCCGCCAUGCGUCCGGACAUCGCAGAGACGGAGGUUGAGAUAUCAACGGAGGACUGCUGCGAUGAUGACGACGAUGACGACGAUGACGAUGAUGACGAAGAUCUAGGAACCCUGAUAGAGGAGCCAGAGGCGGAACGGGACCAUGCGCCUGUCAGGAGAAGGAGAGCUGGACGGAAACUAAAAACGCACCAGUCCUAUUCUAACGGCUCAGUUGAAAUCGGUCUCAGGAAGAAAUCAAGAGAAGGCAAAGGAAGCACCAUCUACUUGUGGGAGUUCCUGUUGGACCUCCUGCAGGACAAGAACACCUGUCCGAGGUACAUUAAGUGGACACAGAGGGAGAAGGGCAUCUUCAAGCUAGUGGACUCCAAGGCCGUGUCGAAGCUGUGGGGCAAACACAAGAACAAGCCAGACAUGAACUAUGAGACCAUGGGACGGGCACUCAGAUAUUACUACCAGCGUGGCAUCCUUGCCAAAGUGGAGGGCCAGCGUCUGGUUUACCAGUUUAAAGAGAUGCCUAAAAACAUCGUGAUCAUUGACGACGACAAGGCCGACAUGUCUGUUGCCGAAGGCCCGGCGGACUCUGAGACGACGGCGUCCUGCGAGCGCAUCCUGCAGCCGCCGGACGUGAUGUUGAAGGUUCCCGAGCUGUCCCCAAGAAAACCCAACAUCCUGCGGGGCGGCAACCGAGGCAACGUGGGUCAAUCUCCUGUUGCUGCGGGCAACAAAACCGUGGCGGCAGGCGCCUCGAGGACGGUGAUUGCGUCGGGAGACAGGAGCCGGAAUCAACAGGCGCCUGUCCUUUGUAACGCUUCCGGGCCCAGGACGGUGCGAGUCGCCAUGCAGGUGCCGGUCGUUAUGACAUCACUGGGCCAGAAGAUCUCUACAGUUGCAAUGCAGCAGCCGGCAGUAAGAACGGGUGCAGCUGGCCAUACUACACUCCUGUCCAGUGCUUCUGCUAUUGGUGCUGCUGCCGGAGGCGCCAACUCUCAACAGAAGGUUGUGAUCCAGACCAUCCCCACUAUGGUCCCAGCCACAGCAGAGAAUGGCGAGAAGAUCACCGUCCAGCUGGCCAAGAUCAUCACUAUCCCGGCUCAUCAGUUAACGCAGUGUCAGCUGCAGACCCCCACAGGCGCAGCCAAGCCUGGCAUCAGCCUCCUGGGAAGCCCCCUGACCGUCCAAACCCUGACCCCGGUCAGUGUGGCGUCGGGAGCGCAGGUGAUGAGACUAUCUGUGCCCACGCCGGCGCAACAGCAGACUCUGGUGGUGUCGCAGUCGGGCGGCGGCACGGCGGGCGGCGUCACGGUAUCGUCGGCCAACCGGGCCGUGGCGGCGCAGCCCCGCAUCAUUAGCGGGCUUUUCAACAGUUCCGAGCUGGUUGUGGGAGGGGACGAGCUCAAAGCCGCCGGCGUCCCGGUCCAAGCGGUUCGGGUGCCCGUGACGGUCGCGAUCCCACAGAAUAAAGGGACUGCCAAAAUUGUCCAGGCGGACGCGUACACCAAACUGCAGACCCCCGAGGUGGGAAAGACUGAAGAGCCUGAGUGUUGAGAUCUACCAAUCUUUUUUGCCCCCAAGUCAGUCACCUUGUACAUGAAACCAUUUUUAUUACUCUUGUGAUAACCAGCAGCAGUUAGACAGACUUUAAAUGGUUCCUCAACGCUUGUUUUUUUUGGAGGGGGGGUCGGAAACGUCAUCCUCCAAUACUGCUGCCAGAAGUGUUUCUAAGCCAAGCCUGUAAAGUGAAACUGUUUCACACGGAGGCCAACAUGCAAAUAGGAACACACAAAAAAAUAGGAACACACAAACUUGAACGGGACCAACCCAGAUCACUACGGCUAUCGUCACCGCCAAGCCUCAUUAGGAAAAAUGUAUUCAACUCUGAAACUGAAACACUACAACCCAUUUGAACAGAACUGCAAUGUAAUCUAACCGGUUAAAAAAGCAAAACAGAACAAACAAACCAAAAAGACUAUGGAGCUGCAAUAACACAUUUGUUAGAAGCCUGAUUGAUUUAUUUUUUUUUCUUGUGCAAUUGUUAAACCAGCAAUUUGUACUUCAGUCACAGUGCACAUCAAAUGUGUGUCUGUGUGUGGUGCUACAUGGGUCCCGAAAGAGUAUAAAUAACAAUAUAAAUGUAGAUGGCUACUAUACCAUUUACAGAGCUAACGAUAACCGAGCAGCCUUUGAUUUAAAUUUUGACAUCCAUCAUGUACUAUAGGAAAUGACUCCGUUUUUUUUUUGUUUGUGUUUUCAUAACUUUUACCAAGCACAGUAUUACAGAAACAAGAGGAUCUAACAUUUGAGUGUAGCUGUGAGUUUUGGGAUAAAAUGCACUGGUUUAUGUUUGUAAAUCUAAGGACGAAUCAGUUUCUUAUUUCAAAGAGACUGACUAAUUAGUAGUCAACAAAUUUCCGUCAAAUAUGUAAAGAGCAAUGUCUUUUUUACUAGUCCUGAAAUUGGCUGUAGGACUAGAACUAAAUCAUGCAAACUAUAUACAGCUGACUUAAUGAAAUCAGCUGUGAGAUGUAAACGGCACAGUGCUUUAUAUCAACAAUCUCAAUUUUCACUCUGUGUGAUCAGAAUUGCGAGCCUGACGGAUUUCACUGUACUUUGUUCAUUGAGGGUUUAAAAAUUUCUUAACUUUAAAUUUUUUUUUUUUUUUUUUUUUAAACUGAUAGUUGACUUUGAGCCAGUGCCCACUGCCAUGUCGGAGAUAAAAUAUCAAUAGGAAUAUGUAUAUAACCACAAUCUUUUUAAAUUGCUAACAUGUAUUAAGUAUACUGAAUGUGAUGUCAGUCUCCAAGUCCCAGGUCACUUAAAAAAAGGUCUUUUUUUGUUUUCUGUCACGCUGGCCCUACAACUACAUUUCAUUUUUUGAUAAAAAUCUAGAUAUAAAAAGAGGGAAAAUACCGAAGUUUGUGUUCAGACUGAACUGUUUGUAUAUUCAACAUUUGAAGUAUAUUCUAUUUUGUUGUACUCUUGUUUCAAAGUGUAUUAAAGUAGAUUUUACUGAAACCUUGCAACUUGUUUUUUAUAGUUUGUUUGGGGGAAGAGAAAUGCUUGAGAAACUUAAAACGUACUCCCCGAAAAUGACAGAAUUACAAGUAUCAUUUAUGUAACUACAUGCUACUGCAGUACUCCGAGCUUAUUCAACCUGGGAAGCUGUUGAG